GUUUCUUUCAGUUCAGUGUUUUCUUAUACAUUCCAAUUGUUUGGAGUCGAUUCGUUGAGAUGUUUUCUUCUCUGCCACUGAUUUGUUGCCUCCCAAUACUCAAAGUACAGUCCGUUCCCAGGAACCUUACCACUUAGGAAAACCUGUCCAGGAUUCUAAGCCUCUUCCCAGUCCGUAGGCUCCGGGGCACAGCCUGGCUGCAGGGAGCGGAUAUCCAGUGCUGCUUUUCCAGCUAUCCCUGCCCUCUGACUAAAUUCACACAUCUCCUGCCAGAAAAGUCAGCUGCAACUCAAGAAAAUGUACUUUGGUCUAAAAUAUGUGUCAAAACAUAUUCUUAAGUGGGGUGGACUAAAAAAUAGUGCUUUUAGUGUAUCAUGCUGGCACUCUGCAAACAGAACAGGGCUUCAGGAGCAAAUCUGUUGUCGAAGAUAUUCCUCCCAAGUUUGCACAAGGAUCUUAACACAACCUGUCUGCUUUGUCACACACUGCAAGCACCUCAGCAGCAGAUCCUACUCCUCCGAGCAUCUGGGAAACUAUGACCAGGUGUUCAAGUCUUCUGUGCAAGACCCUGAGAAAGUGUGGAGGAAGGCAGCUGAAGAUAUUGUAUGGUUUAAGCCAUGGACUAAAAUUAUGGACAACUCCAAUCCUCCCUUCACAGAAUGGUUUAUUGGUGGAGAACUUAAUGUCUGUUACAAUGCUCUUGACCGUCAUAUCGAAAAUGGAAGAGGAAAUCAAGUUGCAGUUAUCCAUGACAGUCCUGUUACAGGCACCAAGCAAGCUGUCACUUACCAAGAGAUCUUUGAACAGGUGUCCCGGCUAGCAGGUGUUCUGACAAAACAUGGUGUCAAAACUGGAGACAGAGUUGUCAUAUAUAUGCCAAUGAUACCUCAGGCAAUGUAUACAAUGUUGGCAUGUGCAAGAAUUGGUGCUAUUCAUAGUCUGAUAUUUGGAGGAUUUGCACCCAAAGAGUUAUCCGUGCGCAUUGAUCAUGCAAAGCCAAAACUGAUAGUAACUGCAUCAUUUGGCAUUGAGCCUGGCAGGAGAGUUGAAUACACUCCACUUGUAGAAAAAGCAUUAGAUAUGGUGCAGCACAAGCCUGAAAAGAUAUUGGUCUACAGCCGAUCGAACAUGGAACAAGUGCCUCUCACUCCUGGACGUGAUCUUGAUUGGGCAGAGGAGAUUGCAAAAGCUCAUCCACAUGACUGUAUUCCUGUCCCGUCUAGCCAUCCAUUGUAUGUUCUUUAUACAUCAGGCACAACUGGAUUGCCUAAGGGUGUUGUGAGAGAUACAGCAGGUUAUGCUGUGAUGUUAAACUGGACGAUGUCUGCGGUCUAUGGGGUAAAACCUGGAGAGGUAUGGUGGGCAGCAUCCGAUUUAGGCUGGGUUGUUGGACACUCGUAUAUUUGCUAUGGCCCAUUACUGCAUGGAAACACAUCAGUGUUGUAUGAGGGAAAGCCAGUAGGAACACCAGAUGCAUCUGCAUAUUUCCGUGUACUAUCGGAGCAUGGAGUAGCUGCCAUGUUUACUGCUCCUACUGCAAUUCGUGCUAUUCGUCAGCAAGACCCAGAUGCUGCCUUAGGAAAGCAAUAUUCUUUAUCAAAAUUCCGGACUCUCUUUGUUGCUGGAGAACGAUGUGAUGUAGAAACAUUAGAAUGGUCCAAAAAUGUUUUUAAAGUUCCAGUACUGGAUCACUGGUGGCAAACUGAAACUGGAUCUGCUAUUACAGCAACAUGUACUGGUCUGGGAAAUUCAUUGACACCUCCUCCAGGGCAAGCAGGGAAACCUGUCCCAGGGUAUAAUGUUAAAAUAGUGGACAGCAACGCACAAGAAGUGAAGCCAAACACUCUGGGGAAUAUUGUAGUUAAGUUGCCUUUGCCUCCAGGAGCAUUUUCGACUCUUUGGAAAAAUGAAGAAUUGUUUAAGAGCCUCUAUUUUAAGAAGUUUACCGGAUAUUAUGACACAAUGGAUGCAGGCUACAUGGAUGAUAAUGGAUAUGUGUAUGUGUUGUCAAGGGUUGAUGACGUCAUCAACGUUGCAGGACAUAGGUUAUCUGCAGGAGCCAUUGAAGAGUCCGUAUUACUACAUAAAUCAGUGGCAGACUGUGCUGUGGUUGGCUUGGAAGAUCCUUUAAAAGGUCAUGUUCCUCUGGCUAUGUGUGUACUACGGAACGGUGUGGAAAAAUCAAAAGACAAACUAACCAAUGAAAUAGUGUUACUUGUCCGAGAACAUAUUGGGCCUGUUGCAGCAUUCCGGAAAGUGGUCAUUGUGAAGCAGCUACCGAAAACACGUUCUGGCAAGAUUCCUCGGUCCACUCUCUCUGCACUAGCUAAUGGUAAACCAUACCAGAUUGGGCCAACCAUCGAGGAUCCUACUGUGUUCAAAGAUAUUGAAGAAGCUGUAAAAGCAGCAUUGUGAAUCAGUGAGACACCUUUUUUUCUAAAAUAGUCCAAACCACUGUACAAAGAAGCAGCUAUAACAGCUCAAAGAAACUAGGACAUUUUAGGUUGUUAACCCCUUAAUGCUUACCGCCACACAUUUAUGGCAUCCUGCAAAACUGACACAGGCUUCCUGAGUUGGCUGCCACAUAUUGAAGGACUCCUGCCGCAACUGACCCCGGGGGAUUAAAUAGAAUUAACAAACUUGUGAUUUCUAUCCAUUAUCACCAGUCAAACUAAAUUUUAUCUGUUUAGUUAUUAUUAGUAGUAAGAACUGUUGAUAGAACACAAUUCCUUCUGAAACUGUACUAUUGUAUACAUAUGUAUGCAUUCAUAUUUAUGCACACACAUAAGUGACUAUGUAGUGCAUUGAAAAAAAAUAUACAUCUAUGUUGCCAAUAGAAUUAGCUGUUUACUGUAUAGUUGUUAUGGGAAAUCCUACCUGCCAAUGCCACAUGAAUAACAUGUUAAAUGUGAAACAUAGUUUAUAACGUUGGAGGGUUUACAGUUCUUUUUCAGCCUACACGAAUAUAAUUUAAAGGCUCAUUUGUGUGAUUUUAAUCUUGAUGGGCUUUCCAUUGUGAAGGGCUGUUGUAGGUGUUUGACUCUUUUUUUUUUUUUAUUAUUAUUAUU